CUGUAAUUCCCGUCGCAAGAGAAUUUUUUGUGGCAGACUUAAACACGAUGGAGGAAGAGGAGCACACAGACAGAAAGCAGAAACUCGCCAUGCUUUAUCAAAAGCUUAACAAAAUUAAAAAGUAUCUCAAUGAAGAUGACACAGACAAUAUUAACCAGGUCAUUGGCUCAAACUCACCCAAAUCAUGCCUUUCAUAUUUGAUGGACUUGGAGAAAAAAGGAGACCCUCACUUGGAUAGUAAUCACCUCACCAGGCUCAUUGACUUUUAUACCAGGGUGUUCUCCAAUAUGCCACUGGGAAAACACUGUCACAAUGAGAGCUACGCAAGGAUGUUGGUCAGAUUUGCAGAGCUGAAAGCAAUUCAAGAUGUCAGUGAGGCAGAGGCUAACUUCAACGUGGCAAGAUCCCACAGCCAGAAUUUUGCAUUUGUCCACAUUGCACAUGCACAGUUUGAGAUUUCUCAAGGCAACACAAAGAGAGGCAUCUACAUAUUGCAGAAUGCUGUUCAGGUGGGUGCCCAACCAAAAGAACAGCUGGAGGCUGCUUUGCGAAGCAUUCAGAAUGGAAAAGCACAACUAUGGAGUUCAGAGGAUAAGGAAAAUUUACCAGUAACAAACAGUAAUGCACAGGACUCUGUCAAAAAAGGCUCAGAGUUACAAAAAGUAAGCAGAACGUCAGAUGGGACAGGUGACUUGCAGCUCUCGAGUAUUUUUAGUUCAGGGAGGGACUCCCUUGGUGGAGCACCAGAUGACCAACUACCAGGCUGGAGGACAGGAUCUCAGCGCAAGAGAGCAGUUGGAAUGCCAGCUAGAGUUCCCAUAGUACCUUUCUCUAUCCCAGAAAAGGAUGAUGAUGGCUACAAUAAUAGCAGGGUCUCCAAAGGAAGCGAUGCAUUAAUCCCCACAAGUUUGUCCAGGCAAACAUCUGGUUCAAAUAUGAACCCAAUAUUUGGGCUAUCCUCCUCAAAGAACAGUGCUGUGGAUCGGGAUUUAGUGUGUGUUCAACAACCAGCUCUUAGUCCAGAGAAAUCCAUCUGGGAGGACCAGGCAGCCAUAGACUCAACCACAACACUUCUUCACACGUGUGACACAAAGAACGCCUCAAGAAUGGAAGCAGAUGUAACUUGCAAUUUCGAUCAGAUCGUCAAUUCCAACUCUCCUGAGUCAUGUUGGGCAUACCUGACUAACCUGGAGAAGAGAGGGAACCCUCACACAGACAUCAAUCUUCUUAAUAAGCUCAAGGACUGUUACUCUAAAGUCUUCUUCAAGCUGCCAGUCAGACAAUACAGCAAAAACGCCACCUACGCCAGAAUACUAGUCCGAUAUGCAGAACUAAAAGGGAUCGAGGAUCCAGAUGAAGCACAGGACCACUUCAUAGUUGCAAGAUCCAACUGCAAAGCCUUUGCCUUUGUCCACAUAGCACAUGCCCAGUUUGAGGUCUCUCAAGGUAAUGUCAACAAAGCAACUUCAAUUCUGCACAAAGCCCGCACUUUAAAUGCGAAGCCAGCUGAGCUCCUGGACAUGGCCAUACAUAACCUUAAAGCUGGAGAGAAACGGCUACUGCCCACCAGUGAGGAGGAACCUCCCACAGAUUUGCAUGCAAGUGCUCCCGUAAUGUCUGCAUGUAGUGGAAUCCAGGAAGUACAGCUUCCUGCUCGGGUCCCUGUCAGACGUUCAGUAGAGCAGCCUAAACCUGCGAGCAGGGAGCCUUUAUCGGAGUGGAAGAUCCCAACUUCCAUCAACCGGCAUGUUUCUCCUGAGGUUAAACAGACAACGCCCCCUGAACCUAGACCCAUUCCUCGUCUGGCAGAGUCUUUCCUUACGCCAUCCCUCCAACUUCCAUCCAAAGUUAACUCACAAACAGUCUGCGAAACACCUAACAGCAAUAGAUAUCCAGCUGCUAACAGCUUUAUUACUCCCGUUGUAAAGAGAGGCCCUGAAGUGUCUUCCUCUGCAGCAGCGGCACACAGAGCUGGGCCUGCUCAGCAGCCAUGCACACCUCUAAAUCAAACGCUGUGUGCCCAGACACCACAGGCUUCCCUCAGUGCGUUGUCCAAUGAAUCCAUUAUGAUUAAGGGGAAGCAGUUCUUCAUUCUGAAGAUGAUUGGACGUGGGGGAUCGAGUAAGGUCUACCAGGUGCUCGAUCAUAAAAAGCAGCUGUAUGCAGUGAAAUAUGUGAACCUCGAGGAGGCCGAUGCCCAGACAAUAGAGAGUUACAAAAAUGAAAUUGAACAUCUGAACCACCUGCAGCAGUACAGCGACCAGAUUAUAAAGCUCUAUGACUAUGAAAUGACCAACAGCUACAUCUACAUGCUGAUGGAGUGUGGAAACUUGGAUCUGAACACUUGGUUGCGAAACCGCAAAACUGUGAACCCUCUAGAGAGGAAGUUCUACUGGAAGAACAUGCUGGAGGCCGUCCACACCAUCCACAAACACGGAAUUGUCCACAGCGACUUGAAGCCAGCUAACUUCGUCAUAGUGAAUGCUUCGCUGAAACUGAUCGACUUUGGCAUCGCAAACAGAAUCCAACCAGAUGUAACGAGCAUCAUGAAGGAUUCACAAGUAGGAACUCUGAACUAUAUGCCCCCUGAAGCCAUCAAAGACACGUCAUCCCAGACAGGAAAAGCACGCUCAAAGAUCAGCCCCAAAGGUGACGUGUGGUCCCUCGGAUGUAUCUUGUACUGUAUGACUUACGGGAAGACUCCGUUCCAAAGCAUCACCAACCAGAUCAGCAAACUGCACGCCAUCAUUGAUCCCUCCCAUAAAAUAGAGUUUCCUGACAUCUCGGAGAAGGAUUUGCUCGAUGUGUUGAAGAGAUGCUUGGUACGAAACCCCAGAGAGAGAAUUUCCAUUGCAGAACUGCUGGAGCAUCCGUACCUGCAGCUCAAACCACAAGCAUCACCUGAACCAGAAUAUCCUUCUAACAACGAUCUUAAGAAGAUCCUGACAGACCUCGCAGCCCUCCAGUCUCCAAACAGCAUCAUUCGAGCUGCUAAUAAUUUGGCAAGAAUGUGCAGCAGUGGCAGGAAGCUGGAUGUUGCAGAGUGUGCAAAGUCAUCAUCUUAACUGCCCUGGAAAAUGUGUUGUGGCUGCUUUGGUUCUUUUAAACCACUCGUAACCACUAAAGUUUCCCUUUUUUGUGAGAUAAACAAAGCAAUAUCUUUGUUUUUCUUGAAACAAAAUAGCACAUUGUUUCAUUUUUACUCAUUAGUAAAUAUAAGCACAAGCCAUUUAGCCAUCAUUAAAACUAAUUGUUUAGUUUUGUGUGGUUUAAACCACCAAAAGAACCCCCCAAAAGCUCUGACCUGUAGUCAGAGAUGCCAGACAUUUGGCAGUGGCUCAUUUGGAUCCUGUCAGUUGCAGGAUGGGCUUUCAUCCCAUGGAAAUUGACUGGCUUGUUCCAGUGCAUCCUGUGAAUGCUGUUUCAGAUUCUGGGGAGAUCAGGAAAAAACUUUGUGUCUGUGUGUUCUUGAACCGUUCCUGAGCAGUUUCAGGGAGUGCUGUUGCCAUUACAGGAUGUGCUUGGUCUGCAACAGAAUUUAUGUGGGUAGUACCUUUCAGAAAUCCACACGAAUGGUAGAAUCUGUAAGUGUUACUCACUUAACUUUGUUUUAAUGUUUUGGCUUAUCA